AACCGUUCAACAGUCUUCGCAUGUUGUGCUGGGAAGACAGUAACGGAUUGAAAUAAUUUUGGGUUGUAACUUGUAACCAAAGAUCAAUAAAAGUCGGGUAAUUCAAACGAAGCACGCGAUAUGACUGGAACCAAGGAAAAUAAAAAGAACGAAGAACCAAAAACGAAAGCAAAACCGAAAGCUGAACGUGUAGUUGUUGUUGAGGCUGACGUUAAAACUGAAUCUAAAACUGACGCCAAACAUAAGGUUUCUUUGGUUGAUGAGCCAGAAGUGGGUAGCAGCGGCUCUAGUUCCACUACUACAAAAUCCAUUGUAAGCCAUGAAAGCGUUGAAGGUGAGGAGGAAGGAAGAGAACAUAGUCAGCAAAUAGGCAAUUCACCAUUGGCAGCGAUUCAUGUCGAUCGUGUGGAAUAUUUGUCUGCUCAUAGAGAGCUUACACUAGAACGUCAGCAUCAACAGGUCCUUAAUAACAUACUACACCGGAGACUUGCUGAAUAUUACAAGAAACGUAAAUGCGAACAUGUUUUGAAACCGUUGGAAGGCGCUAUGGAUAUGGAAGAAAAAUACCAACAGAAGUUACUUUCCUAUCAAGAACUGAAGGAGAAAGCAGAAAGAGAAAUCGCUGAUAUAAAAAAGAAAGUAACUGAGGUUGAAGAAACGUACGGUGGAAGGCUGGAACAUGCCGAAAAGAAAUUUGAUGAGUUGCAACAUCUAGAAAGAUCAACUGGGUCGGGUCUUAUUUAUUCUAGAAAAGGAAAGCCUAUUGCUAAUAAGACCGUAGAAAGAUUCCUUACUCUUCAAAGGCGUAAGAGUGAACAGUCUUCAGCUCUAUGUCUUCGUUAUAUACGAGCGAGGAAUGCUGUAGCUGAACUGGAGGCUAUUGUGAAGAAUCUGGAAACUCUUGGCCCAGGACUUUAUGUGUAUCAGUAUGAACAGCUCAAUAUUGACAACCAGAACUACAACACUAAGAUUGAAGAACGUGAAGACGAACUUAUAAAAAACCGCACGAAGUGUACAGAGCAUAACCAAAUCUUGGCUCACAUCAGAGAGAAGAUGCAUCACACUGACGAGGUCAUUGACUUUGCCGAAUGUGAUCUUGGGGACGCCGAAAUGGAAUUUUACAGGGCUAGAGAAGAUCUCGGCAUGAUUAAGAGCCGUCGCAAUAAACUUCGCUGGUCGUUGGAAGAAGAAAGGCUCAAAGCAGGUCUCUUAACGAGAAAAGAUUUACUGCGAGACUUCCAAGCUUCCUUGGACGAGGUGGUCCAUUUAGGACAAAGGAAGAAACAAUUGGAGGCUCAGGUAUUAAAAGCCUCCAAAGAGUUGAGGCAUGCUCGCAAACAUGUACUGGCCCAAAGUAAUUUACACCGUCACAUGUAGGAUAAGACUGCUGGUACGGCCGUCAAGCAAAAUUAAACCUAAUUGCUCUAUCAAUUGAAUCUUUGUUUCACUUCAACGGUAAGUAUUAUUGUGGUUGUUUGUACUUAAAGACGAAAAUGCAAUGGUAUUUUCUUUUGUAAUUUUUCUUUAAAAUGUGUUUACUUGUUGUUGUUAUUUAUUUGAAUCAUGUUGUAUUUUUUAAGUUGGAAAUAUUGUAUGAAACAUUGGAAAUUUUAUUUAAAUUAUAAUUACAUAAUUGUGCUUGAA